CCACCCGAUCCGACCUCACCUGACCCGGCGCUGCCACUAGAAGCUUCCACCCUUGCCUCCUCCUUCCUUCCUUCCGGCCGCACGUGCCGCUCACCCGCGCCGCCCCCCUUCCCCUCCUAGACCCGGUCCACCGCCCGCGCGCUCUCCUCCCGUCCCCUCCCCUGCCAGAUCCGGCAGUGCCGCGCCGGGGCGGCCUCUCGGGUUGGGUAGGGUUUUCGCCGUCUCCGAUCGGAGCUAGGAAGGAGAGAGAGAAAGAGGGAGGGGAGCGAGAUGGAUCAGAGCAGGAGGGCGGUGGAGUCGUACUGGCGGUCGCGGAUGGUGGACGGCGUCACGGCGGACGACGACAAGGUGGCCCCCGUCUACAAGCUCGAGGAGAUCUGCGAGCUGCUGCGCGCCUCCGACGCCGGCAUCGUCAAGGAGGUGGCUGACUUCGUCCUCAAGCGACUCGACAACAAGAGCCCCGUCGUCAAGCAGAAGGCUCUGCGGUUGAUUAAAUAUGCUGUUGGGAAGUCUGGUACUGAUUUCAAGCGGGAAAUGCAACGGCACUCAGCAGCUAUGCGUCAGCUUGUUCACUACAAGGGGCACCCUGAUCCGUUGAAAGGGGAUUCUCUUAAUAAGGCCGUCCGUGAAACAGCAAAUGAUGCUAUUGCUGCUAUUUUCUCCACAGAGGACCCUAAACCAGCUGUUGCAACAGAAGGUCUUGGCAAGCGCAUACAGGGUUUUGGAAAUACUAAUUUUGAGCCAUCAAGGGAUGACAAAAAAUCUUUCCUUAGCGAGUUAAGUGAAGUAGUGGGCAUUGGCAGUGCUUCCAUUAAACAGGGUUUGAGCAACUUUGCUGCAUCUCAUUCAUCAAUGAUAACGAAUGAUAAUGGUGGUCCGUACAAGAGCCCAAACCUUCGAAGGUCUCUGACCACAGAAACUGAUAAAUAUGGUAGGUAUGAUCCAAGUGAAAUUCAAGGGGAGAGUCGUUCUUCAUCUGGUUCUUCAAAGAACAUGACUUCUGGUUCAUGGGGUCCUAGUCCAUCCAGUUCUGCACCAACUGAUGAUGCUGGUUCAAGUCAAACAGGGGUUAAGACUCGUGAGGAGAGACUUUUAGAUACAAUCGCAACUUCAAGUGGUGUACGGUUGCAACCAACUAGAGAUGCUCUGCAAUUAUUUCUAACAGAAGCCACUAAAUUGGAUGCAGUUGCUUUGAGCCAUGCCCUUGAGAACAAAUUGAAUUCUCCUUUAUGGCAGGUUCGCAUGAAGGCAAUUUGUGUACUGGAAGCAAUUGUAAGGAAACAGGAUACUGAUCCUUAUUCGAUCAUUACUUCAUAUUUCUGUGAGAACAGUGCAUCUGUUGUUAGAUGCUGCGAGCUUCCGCAGGUUUCUCUCAGAGAAAAAGCUUCAAAGGUCUUAAAUCUGCUGGUUGGGGAACAACCUACUGGAACCAAUAAUCUUUCAGAAACAAAGACUACAAUACCUGCUGCACAGAUGCCUGAUUUGAUUGAUACAGGGGAUCAAGAUGACCCUGGGGCUCAAAAUUCAGCUCAGGAAGGCAGUGAGAAGAUAGUGGGGAAUAGAACAUAUUCUUGUUCUGUUGAUGAUUUGCUUGGUGUUGAACCUAUUGCUGAUAUAAGUACCACCAUCAGUAAUGGUAAUGGAAGUGAUCCAUUUGCAGAUGUGUCAUUCCAUGAGGUGGAGACUAAGGAUACUAAUGACCUAUUCUCGGGGAUGAAGGUAGAAGAAAAAACAUCUUCAGCCUUACAUGAUAGUUCAUCAAUAAACAAAAAUGAAUUGCCAGAUAUUUUUGGCAGCAGCCCUGAGCCAUUCUUCCAAGAAAGUGUAGAGGACAAAGGAACUGUGAAUGAUUUGAUGGGAGGUUUGAACCUUAAUGGAACUGCCGAAGCUCAGCCUGGAGUUAAAACAGAAGCUAACAACAACACUGUCAAUGUUUCACAGCUCUUUGACAUGAACAGUCAAACAAGCAAUAUGGCCAAUUCUGCAGCAAUGACUGGUAUUCUUGGUCAAAGCUCCUUUUAUCAGCAACAGCAGGUUCCCUUGCAGUACAACAUGCCACCACAGAUGCUGUUCAAUCCAUCAUUUGCUGGGCAGCAAUUAAACUAUGGUGCUAUGGGUGUUCUUCUUGCUCAGCAGCAGCAACUUCUGCAAAAUCUAGGAAAUUUCAAUGCUGGGUUGGGACACUCAUCUUUCAAUACAAUGAGCAGCGGAAAUGCAUCUGUGCUUCCUGAUAUCUUCAAUUCAAGUAACCAACCUCAACAUGUUGCUGUGAUGAGCAACUCAAAGAAGGAAGAAACUAAAGCUUUUGAUUUUGUUUCGGAUCAUCUCGCAGCAGCACGUGGUUCAAAAAAGUAAAUCGAAUGCAGUGAGUCUGCCCAGACUGUAGCAACAACGCAAUUGCUUGGCUUCUCGCAAACUUCGCUCAUAUCGUGAGAGUUCCAUUGAUUAAUUGGAUGAAUCGCACGAACAAAUUUUGCAUGGUUUGCUGCAACAGAUGACCAGAGGAAGGAUACAGCUGGAGAUUGUGUUGUAUCAUGUAUCUAGACAAAAUUUGAUUUUAUGUUGAAAUAAACUGUACCUAUCUUCUCAGUUCCUUUUGAUGUCGUCUUGUUUUAUUUUAAAGAGUCAAGACUUGUAGAUUGCUCUUUCAGGCGGGAUUUUGAUUUUGCUACUGUACAACAUAUUGGUUCUUUUGAAGGGAAUUGUAAAGUUUGCUACGUUAAUAA